CAUUUUUAACAGUACAUUAAUUUUCAGCUGGGUAAGAUUUGACGCGUGGAGUGAAACGUCAGCCACGUACUUUGAAAAGUUGUCAAAAAUACGGAGCAUUUCACUUCUCUCGGCACCUUCUAUUUUGUAAAAAUACUUCAUUUACUGAUUUAGCGUAAGUGUUUUCUGAAGUACAAUGGCAUCUAAACUGCUGGCACUGGUACUCAUCAUAGCUGCUGCGGUUGCAGCAGACGAGGAGCCCGCUGUCGCGAGGCUAUUAGUUCUAAAACAAGUGUUAAACACAUACUUAGUAGAGAACAUGGAUAUCCUGAUUAAAUACACGUUAUUUAACGUUGGAACGGCGCCUGCGGUGGAUGUGAAGCUUGUGGACAACGGUUUCCACCCGGAUGUGUUCACUGUAGUAGGCGGACAGCUGUCUGCGGAAAUCGACAGGAUACCUCCACAAACCAAUGUGUCCCACGUAGUCACCGUCAGAUCGAACAGAUACGGCUACUUCAACUUCACGGCGGCCGAAGUCACUUACAAACCCACUGAAGAUGCUGUUGAGGUACAAUAUGCUAUCAGCAGUUCCCCAGGUGAAGGCACCAUUGUAGCAUUCAAAGAUUUUGACCGCAAGUUCUCAUCCCACAUUCUGGACUGGGCUGCUUUCGCUGUCAUGACCCUUCCGUCCCUCGCGAUACCCUUCGGCCUCUGGUACUCAUCGAAGAGCAAAUAUGAAAGGCUAUCAAAACCCAAAAAGACUCAUUAGAUUUAGGUGAUACGUUAGUUUUAAAUAUACUAUUAUUAUUGUUAAUGUUUUUUCUAUUUCAACUGUCUUUUAUUACUUUUGAUUUUAGGGUUGCCCAAUACAUUUAUUGCAAAAUAUUUUUAAAAAUACAGUAAAUAACUAUAUUCCAUUAAGCCUGAUAGUAAUAAAAAUAUAAAUAAAAGAAUAGAAAUGACUGUGGAAUAUACAUUGUAAAGGAUUCUUGUAGAUUUUUAUUAUAGAAACCACCAGUGCAUUAUAUUAUGUGCAGUACUCAAAAACAAGCUUAUUUUUUUUUAUGCUGUGUAUCACAAAUUAUUGAAUGGUCAUCUAUUGAAUAUAAAUAAUAAAAGAACAUUGAAUAUGAUUGAUCAAAGAACAUUAACAAUAAUAAUUUAUUUCUUAUUGUUUCAUUAGUUAGCUCAUUCACAUCAUUAAUUUGUUAAUUUCUACCUAAUUUAUAAAAGAACAAUAAAUGUUUUUCUAAUUUA